AUCUGUCUGCAAGCACCGCCCACCGUGAAGUGAACGGUAUCUUGCUGGUGCUUUCCAGUAGUUUGGCUUUUGAAUUACUAAAUACACACGAAAUGUGGAGUAGAUAACGCCGUUAAGGAGAACACCUUCAGUUUGAAGCUAUAGUUUUGCCAAUACCUUGCACACUGGACAGGCCCAUUAAGUAAUACAGUAGAUCUCCCAAUAGGGUGUGCUACAGUCUGACUUGAUCUUCAGAGAAUGGCAAGUUUUUUUAAUAUGAAACAAUUAUAUAAAAUGGGGUUGAUUCCUUCCUUGUGCACAGUGCUGCCAGGAUAGGCACUGUCUUCCUGAUACUCAAAACUGGAUAACUGUUAUGGUGCAUUAAUGGAUGGCUGUAAUAGCUAAAAACUAGUGUAAUUGGUGUCAUGUUAGCUGUGUUAUGUCAAGUGCUGUGAUGUUGCAGGGUCUCUUCAACUGGCUCCUAGUGGCAGGACUUGUGUCUUGUGUGACUGAUUCUAAGGACACACAACCAAUCUCCAGUUACCAUGACUACUGUGUUCUGGGAGCAGGUCCCUCUGGUUUACAAAUGGGAUGUUUUUUGGAGAAACAGGGAAGGGACUAUAUAGUUUUGGAGCGAAGUGACAUCCCUGGGAGUUUCUUCCAGAGAUAUCCACGUCACAAUCGGCUAAUAAGUAUCAACAAGCAGUAUACUGGAAAAAGUAACAAAGAGUUCAACCUGCGACAUGAUUGGAACUCCUUGCUGAGUGAUGAUGACACACUAUUGUUUCGGCAUUAUUCUUCUGAAUUUUAUCCCCAUCGUGAGUCUAUGCUCCACUACCUGAAAGACUUCACCUCCAAACUUGGCAUCAAAGUGAAAUAUGGCACAGAGAUUAUUAGUGUUCAUAAAUUUGAUGAAGGCACUUCUUGGUAUAGCCAUCAAUACAAAUUAAUAGAUAAAAUAGGAAACCAUUUUAGUUGCAGUGUACUACUGGUUGCAACAGGACUCUGGGUUCCACACAUUAUUAACUUUCCUGGUUCUGAGCACCUUGAAGGCUAUGAAUCCAUCUCAGUUGAUGCAAAAACAUUUGUUGGCCAAACAGUUCUUAUUUUGGGAAAGGGAAAUUCAGCCUUUGAAACUGCAACUAAUCUUCUUGGUGUGACAAACCAUAUUCACCUCUAUAGCAGAUCACCUGUAAGGUUGGCCUGGGAAACGCACUAUGUAGGUGACUUGAGGGCUUUUAACAAUGAACUUUUGGACACCUACCAGUUGAAAUCUCUAGAUGGACUUGUAGAGGGUAGUCUAGAGGAGCUGGCAGUGUUAAAAGAUAACCAAGGCCAGUUUCACCUUACUUUGGCACAGCUGCUGCAGGAGCUUAAUGUGUCUACACAUGCUGUAAAACAUGGUUUGGACAGUCAAACCCUUAUGGCUCUUCUUCCCUCAUACCAAGAUGACAACUUCUCUAUGAGGAGGCCUUACAACCGAAUUAUUCGCUGCCUGGGAUUUGAAUUUGACUUCUCCUUAUUUCGCAAUGGAACCAAACUCACCCCAGUGGCUGGUGGCAGGAAAAAGUAUCCUCGUAUUACACCAUGGUAUGAGGCAGUGAAUGAUCCUGGAAUUUUUGUGAUUGGGACUGCGAGUCAUUCCAUUGAUCAUCGAAAGUCAGCUGGAGGCUUCAUACAUGGCUUUAGGUACACAGUGCGUGCUGUGCAUCACAUUUUGGAAAAGCGCCAUCAUGGAAAUGUAUGGCCAACAACAGUACAACCUACUAGCCUCCUUUUAAAAAACAUCCUUCGCCGAUUGAAUGAGGCAUCGGGAAUAUACCAAAUGUUCAGUGUACUGGGAGAUGUGGUGUUAAUGCAGAGCAAGGGUUCUCAAUUUAAAUAUUUAGAAGAAUUUCCUCUCUUAUCACUACCUAAAUUGGAGGACCUGUCUGGACACCAGGUUGAGCCUUCUGGACUGUUUGUUAUAAACAUGGAAUAUGGAAAGAAUUUGAGCAAUGUUUUGGGAAAGAAUCGGGCGGUAAAUAGCUGGAAAGAUGCCUGGCACUCAAACUUUCUGCACCCUGUCAUAUAUUUCUACAAAACACUGCCCACAGAAUCUGAGAUGAGGUUGCGCCCACAAGGCUGGCCUCUGCCUCGCCCUCAAGCUAUACAUCCCAUUGUAGAAGACUUUCUUACAGAGUGGUGUGCUCCUGUGUCUCACAUUCAACCACUGAGGCGUUUUUUGGAGAACUGCUUGGGCACUGAUCUGAGGACUUUUUAUGCAGAGACUUGCUUCAAGCAUGCUCUGAUUAGUAAGAAGACGCCACUAUUCUGCCAACAAGGUUACCUGAAGGGCCAGGGCCUUUUAGGAAAUAAAAGGUUGUGGCAGCAUGCAGUGGAUGCUGGACUGAUGGAUGACUACCGUUCGGAUACUACCAGAGAACAGCCAGAUGAUAAUAUGUCUUUGUGAAGCAGCACAAUGCCAGAAGGAAUUCUCAUGUGAAUACUUGGUGGUGCUAGCAGUGAACUUACCCUUUGUGGUCUGAUACAUUGAUUGAAUUAAUAAUCAAGAACCACUGCAGCAUUAAGAAAGAUACAAAUAGUGUUUCUAAUAACAUCUGCAUUAUGCCUAAGAAAGGGUGGACUGAUUUAAAAUGUAAGGAUAAUUUAUCUAAGUUGGCAAAAUAUGCUUUAAUUAUAUUUAAGAUAAAGUGGUUUGGUAUUCAGGAUUCAGGUAAUGCAUUCAGCAAACAUAUUUAAUUUUUGUAUGAAAUUAUGCCAAAUAUUUAAGUAAGAAAACAUUCUCGGGUUGACACUCUGGGAAAGAGGGUAGUAUUGCUGGAUCCAGCAUCCUAUUUUCCUCCUACACCCCCAAGGUAUAUAUAUUAGGUUGAUUGACAGUUAUAAAUUGGCCACCUAUGUGCAUGUGAAUGUAGGUGUUUGUGAGAAAUGGGCUUGUAAUGUAUUGUGCCCCAUUUAGUAUUGGCUUUCUUGUGAAAUUUGCUACAAGGAUAAGCCCCAGCCCAUUGUGAGCCACCCUGAAAAGGAUUCAUGGGUUUGAGAAUGUCAUGUCAUAAUACACUCUCAGGUGCUUUUAAAUUUAUAUUUUUAAAGUAAUUCUGUGGUACUUAAACACUGACUUUAGGUCAUUACUGUGCUAAUUAGUGUAUUUCUGAUCUCUCCUUCUGUACAUUUACAAGUAUUUUUGGCCAUCAUGCAAAUAUAAUACAGUGUAAGUGCCAAAUAGGAUUGUCCGGUAUCCUGUCCAGGAAGAAAAGGCAACCCUUGCCAGGAAGGGAGGCCAGAGUGGAAGGCCAGCGAUGGACUGGUGACUCUACAAGGGAGGAAGGGAGUCAAGGAAAAUGGGCAUGGGGGAGUUAGCCUGUUCAAAGUAUAUACUCCCCCCCGAUACACUAGAGGGCAGAAGCCAUGUGUUGCUGCGCCCAUUUUUGAAACUGGGGGCAGGUUGAGAAUUGUAGUGCCAUGUGACAGCCCCGAUGAGUGUUGUGGAUAACUCCAGGGGGAACUGCAGGGAUAGACCCAUCCUGACACUUCUGACUGACCCGGAAGUGUCUCCUUCAGACUUUGCCAGGGACUGGUUUAAAAAAAGUCCUCUGCCUCACCUCAGACAGUCAGAUUUGGGAGGCAGAGGACAAUACUUGCAUGAAGUAAGAGUUGGGAGGAAGAGAAGAAAGAGGAAGGAUUCACCAUCCUUGUGUGUACAGUGCUAUAUAAAGGUACUUGGAUGAAAUUCAAAUAAUUAUAUGUGAACCUGUGACUGUUCCUAUCAGUUGUGUCUGGUGGUCAGGGCUCAGUUGCACCCCCUGUCUUCUGCAACAGUCAUCUUUAUAGUUCAACAGUCUUGGAUAGUAACAUAUCCCAUUAACACUUGAAGUGAACUGUGACGCCCAUUUUUUUGCUGUAGUUUGUCAGUCGGUCAUAAAAUAUUAAAAAUAUCCCUUCAUUCCUUUCAGAUAGUCUUAUGUGAUAUGGAAUACUAGAAUCUAAUGAUACAAAGCCUCAAGUUUUUUUUCCGUAUUUUAAAAUUCAGAAUGCUUUACUUAAUACUGGUAUGUCCCAUCAUUUCUACAUUACAUUUCUACAAUUUUCUACAAUAAAGAUGCCCUCUGCAACCAGCACAGUUACUCUUAUUAAAAUGCCUGGAUAACAAAAUGUUAAUUAUUUAUUAUAUGGAAAAGCAUAUCUCAGAAGUAAUUUGUUGAGUUUUGAAUGUUAGAAUUCUUAAAUUCCAGGUUUCUGUCUUAAAUUGAACUUGAACAACCUGUUUCUACCUUGUAUACUUUUCUUGUCAUAUAAUGAUUAAUUACUAAUAACUAGCAUGUAAUUGAGACUAAU